GACGAUGGACAUCUCCUCAUGUCUGAGACGGCCAUUCCGGAUGGUGGGCACUAAAAGGAUGAUGGCUUCGAAUUUCCGGUGGCUCCUGUCAGCAUUUAUCCUUCUGUAUUUAAUGAAGCCAGUAAAUAGCCAUAGAAUGGGGACUUUUCAUGAAUUAAAGUGUGUAACUCACAAUUUGCAAGUAUGGGACUGUUCCUGGAAAGCAGCAGGCCAUGGUGCUGCCUAUGAAGUUUGCGUUGAAAACAGGCCACGUUCUUGUUACCAGUCGGAGAAAACAAACGUCAAGAUCCCAGCUCUUCCACCUGGUGACCAUGAAAUAACGAUAAAACAUGGAAGUUCUAUGAAUAAAUUCCUAUUCAGUGAAAAAAACGUUUACUUCAUUCCGGAUACUCCAGAGAUCUUGAAUUUGUCUGCUGAUUUCCCAACUUCCACGUUACACCUAAAGUGGAAUGACAAAGGUUCUGCUUAUCUACACCCCUCAAACAUCAUCUGGGAAAUUAAAAUUCUACAUAAAGAAAAAAUGGAAGUCAUUAAACUAAUGACCCACAACACAACUCUGACAGGGAAAGACACAGUUCACCACUGGAGCUGGACCUCGGAGCUGCCCUUGGAGUGUGCCACCCACUACGUGGGGAUUAGGUGCUAUGUUGACGAUCGUCAUUUCUCUGGUCAUAAACAGUGGAGUCACUGGAGCCCACUGAAGAACGUUUCCUGGUCUUCUGAUUCUCAAACUAAGGUUUUUCCUCAAGACAAAGUGAUACCUGUAGGCUCGGAUAUAACAUUUUGUUGUGUGACUCAAGAAAAAGUGUUAUUAGCACAGAUUGGCCAAACAAAUUGUCCCCUUAUUCAUCUUGAUGGGGAGAAUGUUGCAAUCAAGAUCCAUAAUAUUUCUGUUUCUGCAAGUAGUGGAACAAAUGUGGUUUUCACAACAGAUGAUAACAUGUUUGGAACUGUUAUUUUUGCAGGAUAUCCACCUGAUAUUCCUCAAAAACUAAACUGUGAGACAUAUGACUUAAAAGAGGUCAUAUGUACCUGGAAUCCAGGAAGAGCCACGGCACUGGUGGGCCCUCGAAAUACCAGCUACACGUUAUUUGAAAGUUUUUCAGGAAAAUAUGUUAAAUAUAAAAGAGCUGAAUUGCCCAUAAAUGAAAGCUAUCAGUUGUCCUUUCAAAUGCCUCCAGAUCAAGAAAUAUAUAAUUUUACUUUGAAUGCUCGCAAUCCUCUGGGCCAGUCAAAAUCAACAAUUUUAGUUAACAUAACUGAAAAAGUUCAUCCCCAUACUCCUACUUCAGUCAGAGUGAAGGAUAUUAAUUCAACAGCUGUCACAAUUCACUGGCAUCUGCCGGGCAACUUUGCAAAGAUUAAACUUUUAUGUCAAGUUGAAAUUCUUAAAACUGAUUCAGUACGAGAAUUGCGGAAUGUCACCAUCAAAGGAGUAGAAAGUUCAAGUUACCUCACUGCUGUAGACAAGUUAAAACCAUAUACUAAAUAUACUUUUCGGAUUCGUUGUUCCUCUGACACUUUCUGGAAAUGGAGCAAAUGGAGCAAUGAAAAACAAUAUUUAACCACAGAAGCCAUUCCUUCAAAGGGACCAGAUACAUGGAGAGAGUGGAGUUCUGAUGGGAAAAAUUUAAUCAUCUAUUGGAAGCCUUUGCCCAUUAAUGAAGCUAAUGGAAAAAUACUUUCCUAUAAUGUGUCUUGCUCAUCACAUGAGGAAACACAGUCCCUCUCUGAGAUCCCAGACCCUCAGCACAGGGCAGAAAUACAACUGGAUAAGAACGACUACAUCAUCAGUGUGGUGGCAAAGAACUCAGCCGGCUCUUCCCCACCUUCUAAAAUAGCCAGUAUGGAGAUUCCCAAUGAUGAUCUCAAAAUAGAACAAGCCGUGGGGAUGGGAAAUGGGAUUCUCCUCACUUGGAAUUACGAUCCCAACAUGACGUGCGACUAUGUCAUUAAGUGGUGUAACUCAUCUCGGUCAGAGCCCUGCCUCAUGGAUUGGAAAAAAGUCCCCUCCAACAGCAGUGAAACUGUAAUAGAGUCUGAUCAGUUUCGAGCAGGAGUGAGAUACAAUUUUUUUCUGUAUGGAUGCAGAAACCAAGGUUAUCAACUACUACGCUCCAUCAUUGGCUAUGUAAAAGAAUUGGCUCCGAUUGUUGCACCAAAUUUCACUGUUGAGGAUACAUCUGCAGAUUCCAUACUAGUAAAAUGGGAAGAUAUUCCUGUGGAAGAACUUAGAGGCUUUUUAAGAGGAUAUUUAUUUUACUUUGAAAAAGGAGAAAGAGACACAUCUAAGAUGAGGGGUUUGGAAUCAGGUCGCUCUGACAUAAAGGUUAAGAACAUUACUGAUGUGUCCCAGAAGACACUGAGAAUUGCUGAUCUGCAAGGGAAAACAAGUUAUCACCUGGUCUUGCGUGCCUACACGGAUGGUGGGAUGGGCCCGGAGAAGAGCAUGUUUGUGGUGACGAAGGAAAACUCUGUGGGACUAAUCAUCGCCAUUCUCAUUCCCGUGGCUGUGGCUGUCCUUGUUGGAGUGGUGACCAGUGUCCUUUGCUAUCGGAAGCGAGAAUGGAUUAAGGAAACCUUCUACCCUGAUAUUCCAAAUCCAGAAAACUGUAAAGCAUUACAGUUUCAAAAGAGUGUCUGUGAGGGAAACAGUGCUCUUAAAACAUUGGAAAUGAACCCUUGCACCCCGAAUAACGUUGAGGUCCUCGAAGCCCGAUCAAUAGUUCCUAAGAUAGAAGAUACAGAAAUAAUCUCCCCAGUCGCUGAGCGUCCAGAGGAUAACUCGGAGGCAGAACCUGAAAACCAUGUGGCUGUGUCUUACUGUCCACCUGUCAUUGAGGAAGAAAUGCCAAACCCAGGAGUGGAUGAAGCCGGAGGGACGUCACAGGUCAUUUACAUGGAUGUCCAGUCCAUGUACCAGCCCCAGGCCAAACCGGAGGAAGAACAAGAAAGUGAGCCUGUCGGGGGGACGGGCUAUAAGCCCCAAAUGCACCUCCCAGUGACGCCUGCUGUGGAAGGCCUGGCUGCAGAAGGUGACCUAGACGGAGCUGCAGGCUACAGGCCACAGGCAGAUGUGAACACCUGGCACUUGGUGUCGCCAGACUCCCCCAGGUCCACAGACAGCAACAGUGAGAUCGUCUCUUUUGGAAGCCCGUGCUCCGUUAACUCCCGACAAUUUCUGAUCCCUCCUAGAGAUGAAGACUCUCCAAAAUCAAACGGCGGAGGGUGGUCUUUUUCAAACUUUUUUCAGAACAAGCCCAAUGACUAACAGUGUCCCCUGCCACUUCAGUCUGCCAUCUCAAUAAGCUCUCACCGCUGGUGCUGCUGUGUCAGCGUGGGUCUCCUGGAGGAGUCUGUGAAGUAUUGCUGGUGAGGGGGACGUCACCGCGUGCAAGUUGUAUUAAGUAUUCCUGUGCUUUCCAUGUAGUCCAAAAGCCCAGUAGGGUAACUCGGAAGUUCAUCCCACAAAACCCAAGAUUUGUGAUUCAAGCCAAAGAAUCCUCACCACUCUAUCUUCCAGAAGCAUUUCUAGGCUAAUGGCCUAGCCCACACGUGAAAACAAAUCCCUCAGCAACUGUGUUCUGUUGUGUUGUGAAUGGUUUUCCCAUAUGUACUCUGUGGAAUUGCAAGUGGAUUUGCAGGUGAGGGGAAAAUGUCACAAGUAACAGAUGACCUCUAUUUGCCCGACGUUUACUCCAUUCUAGAUGAAAACCAAGCACAGCUGUUAAAUCUUUCAAAAUUAUUCGCCUCUGUCCUCAGCAUUUACAAAAAUGAAUAUAAGGUUUAAUGUAGUGACAGCCAUUUAGUGUUUAGUUUGGCAAAGUGUGCUGAUUUCCGUGCCUACUGUAUAAUGGUUACCAAAUAGUGGUCUCAGGGGUACAAACUUGGAAAAAGAGUGUGACACUGACUAGCCCUCACUAGAAUCACUUUCUCUUGCUUUGGUAGAUUCUCUGAACCUUGUUCAGCUUGUAUGCCAGCUUCCUGUAUUGCAAUCAGUUGCCUUAAUAUUGCAAACUUAAAUAUCUAAGACUGUUGUGUUGUUCUAAGUUUUUAAAAUAUUGUAUUUUUUUUUUUGGUAACACGGUCAGUUUUAUAAUUACACAGCAUUUUCAGUGUUACUCAUAAGCCUAUAAUUCCAGUGAUUUACUGUUUGAGACUACUAAACAGUAUUCAGUGGCGUUAACGUUCCAGUAGGUUCUGAUUGGCUUCCAUUUCUCCGAGAAGCCUGGAUCAUUGCUCUUUGACCCCCACAGUGAGCUUUUCUCUUGAUCUUGCAUCUUGGUGAUUCCAGCCUCUUAAACAAUCAUCAGUUCAGAUUAUUUGAUCUGGUCCUCAAUUUUUUAAGUACAAAACUAAAAAGACAAUGCUUCCUCUAGGGACAGUUACUCAAGGGCUACUUUAUGUGACGUGCUGGUGGUCAGUGGGCCGUGUCACGGUGUAAGUGGGAGCAGUCAUCCUGUGAGCAGCCAGGUCACGUGUCUCAGCACCCUGCCCCCCCUGUUUUCCCUAGAAUGAAGGUGGUCUUUGGAAAAGGAGAAUGAAAAACAAAAUGUUGUAUCUUAUAUUUUCUCUGGCCCUGGAUUGUUUGUGUAUUUUGACUUUUGGUUGUUAAGACAGGAUGACUUGAGAAUGUGAAAUAGCUGAGUCAGUCAAGAUAUGCCUGUUUUUCAUCAUCUGAGGUUCUGUAUUUGCAGAUAACGUAUUGCACAUGAUGCAUCAGGGUUUUUUUUUUCCCUAACUCAUCAUGUGUCUUUAUAAAAACCAUGUUGUGGAAAAAUCUACUGGGUGACAAGGAACAAAAUCUAUUUAGGUACUCUGUUUAUGAAUCCUGACUUUAGCAACUAGAGUUCAGCUAAAUUCCUCGGCUUCAUGAUCUUUGGACACGUGGAAUGAAAUAUAAUUAUGUGCACACAUAGUAUGUUAAAACUAUACACUAUCUCAUAGAGAACUUCAGCAGUGAAAAAUACAUCAAAACAGAGCCAACCCUUAAAGAAUUUGUUCUGCCAUCUUUCUCCUCUUGGGCUCUUUGCCUCAGCUUCCACCCCUGACUGAGUCCAGGGACUGCUGUCUCCCCUGCCAAAGCCAACCUUACCUUAAUCCUCUUAGCUCAACUCACCCCUCAUUUCCUACCAAACUCCAGGUACCGCUAUAGAAUUAAGUGUUGGCUGAGUUAAAAGUUUGUUGAUCUAAACAGUGCUAACCUGAGACCAUGGGAGAGAACCAGGAAAGAUUGUUUGGAUACUUCAUCGAGGACUGCCUGGCUCUGGUGCCUUUCUGGUGCCCACCAGCCUCUCCAGUGACCAGCCUAUUUGGCUGGUGGUGAACCACACAGAGGGUGUCUUGAUUCCUUCCACUCUGUCCAGGACUUGACUGCUGUUCCUGUGUGUAAAGGUGAAGUAUGCAUUCACUUCUUCCUCCACCCUCUGGGUUUCCACACACAAAGAUCAUCUAAUGGGAACAGAGUUACAAGAAGCAGAGUAAUGUUUUACUAGUCUGGAUGAGCUCCAUGUGAUAUGCUUAAAAGAACGUGGUUCAAGUCAGCAGCCAGAACAGGUCUCUGAAUUGAGGACAGCCAGUCCACUGUACAGAUCGGAAGGUAUUAACCUCCCAACCCCUGUGCCACCUGGACAGGUAGGAGCAACACCGCUGGGAGAGGGGAGGGAAGGGGGCAAGAAAACCCACCUCUGCCUAUACCCUGCUGUUUGAGGCGCUGGAGACAUUGGCAGAAGUGUGGGUUAUCCGCAACCUAUACCUGCUUGUGAAAGGGGUCUGUAGCUUUGUUCUGUCCAAUUGGAUUAGCUCCGGUCCCUGGUGAGGGGUAAAGAAAGACUAGAAGAAGGGGCUAGAUGUGUUCCCUCCAGCCUUUCCUAACUGAGAAAAUAAUUGGGAAAUCCCUCUCUCCUUAACUACAGCCCAACCGUUGGUUAGAAAAUUCUAAAUGUAUAAACUAGAAUUUUUACAUUACAUGGUUGACAAAAACUGCCUUAGGGACACAUUUUCUCAUCGUUCAUAAGUCAACUCAUUUAGAAGCCACUGUCAGUGAAGCUUCCCAUAGAAAUGGCAGCGGUCGUUAACACCUGAAUCUCUUUGUGAGUGGCCAUCUUGAACAAUAUUCACAGAUUAUUAUUGUUAGAAGAAAGACCUUGUACAUAGUGUAUUGUAUGAGUGACAUCAGGGUGUGGAAGCCGUCAGAGCCUGGAUUUGGGACUGUCGCUUUGAAGGCCUGGGCAGAUGACGCAUGUAGCGUGUGCUCGGCUGUGAAGGUGCUUUAUUCUUGGGGCUUAGCCAGAGGCAGCCACUCACAAAAAAGGUUAAGGGCGGAAAUCACAGCCUCACUUUCCAGACCAGCAUUAUUUUCACGGUUCAGGAAUCUGAAGGAUUGCUCUUGGAACACUAGUACUGUCGUGCUCUCAAACAGUGGUAAAAGUCAAUUCUUAAAACAUCCUGCACCUCAUAUUCUUGUUGGAGCUUAGUCCUGUAAUUUCUUAAUUGUCUUCAAUACUGUCUAUAUUUAAAGAACGUUGUAAUUCUUUCUAUAUUUGAAUAAUCUGAUUAGUAUAUGGAAGAUUAGUAAAUAUUUUCUUCCAAAAGGAAUUUGAAAUCAUUUUUAUGGUGUUUUGAAAUUAAGGUAUUCCCUGACCUACCAAUAUUCAGAAAAUGUCAUGUCACAUUUUUCUACUGCUCAGGCACAUAAUUUGAUAAAAUUUUGUUUUAAUUGAUCCUAAAGUAAUUGUUACUGAUCUCUCUCUUUGAACCAUGUCAUUAGUAUAUAUAAGAUACCAUUUUUUAAAUUUUGAAAGUGAAAUUGGGCAUUUUAGGAGUAAACCUGUGAGGCCGUUAAUUACUAAGACAAGGAACAUAAUGGAAGUCCAGCGAGUGAUUUUUUUAUUGACUGAGGCCCAUUCCGGAGCAUGCAAGGACAUGUCCUGAAGUUUGGGCAGGUCUGAGGUGUUGGGCUGGGAGACUCAAGUCUACUAUCAGGAGUAGGAGUGGGAACUGGGGAGACCCGUGCAAAAACAGCACUGGAUACCUUAUUUCUCCCUAACCUUGAGUUUUCAUUGUUCAUUUGUGUUUGGUGGACACACAGUUUGGCACAUGUUUGUACCAACUAGUCUGUGUUCUAGCAACCAAACAGUAAAUUGAUGUGUGAGCUUGACUGAUUAACAUAAGCACUUGUUCUUUUGAUAAAUUAUUUCUUAAGCUUUUAUUUUAAACUGAUAUUUCCUGCUGAAACAAAGUGUCCAUCUUUUAUAUCCAGAAGAAAUUUUUUGCAGAAGAAAUGAUUUAUUUCCAAACUUAUGGGAAAUGCAUCUUUUACACAUGGCCAGAGGCUAUCACUGGAAAUUACUUGGUUUGAAUUUGAUCAGUGUAUUGCUCAUGGAUUAUGUUAUCAGGGAAAUUAAUAAUUGUUAAACCUUUUUCACCAGGGUAGUAAAAUCUGUACUCUUUUUCAAUUAGUGCUUUUGUCUUAACAUGAUCAUAUUCAUGCUAAUUUUAAUACAGGUGAAUUUUAUUGCCAGUGGAGAGGAUUAAUAACAUUCAAUUAAUUGAUAUGUAAAACUUCGUUGUAUAUGAUAAAAUUCCAGGAGGUGUAAUGAUUUGAUCUAACUAUAGCCAAAAAGUUGUGAUUAUGACAUUGAAUUACAUCAGGAUUCCAUUACUGACCGUAAAUAGCACUUGCUUUUCCCCAGUCAAGAAUAUUAAUGUUUUGGAUUAUAAAUGUCCACGUCAUAACAGAAUUUAUCUGUGCAAGACAACUUCUCAUUGUCUGACAUUUUUAUGAAAAUUGAGAGUAGUGUUUUAAGAGGGAAACACUGUUUAUGUUCAAGUGCUACCUAAAGAACCAUAGAAACAGUAAGUUCAGAAGCUCUUAAAUAAGUAAACUGUAACUGAUUUAAUAUUAACCAAAUGCAAAGCAGUAAUACUUAAGUUCUUUUUAGUCAGCAUAAUUUAAAUACCCUAAAAACCAAAAUAUGUGAAUGGGAAAAUAAUAUUUAAUUGAUAAGGAACUUUUAUCUUCUAAGCUUACCUUUGCAGCCAGUCAGAGCUUAAAUUUCUUUUCAAAAAACUAAUAACAGACCUUUUUUCUGGUGCACUUAAAACCCACAUACUCUGUACAUCCAAUUGAAUGGCUCGCUCGAAUAUAUUGAACUUACUUCUAUAUUUGAAAUGUACUUCCCUUAUGACAAUUCCAUUUUAAAUGGGUAACCUUCGAUUUCUGAAGCAUUCCAGAUCUGAAAUUAUAAAAGAUCCAGAGGUUUGUAGGUAGUAACAUAGUAAUCACUAAAAGGCAAGUUAUUAGAUUUAACAUUGGCAUCAGGAUUUUGCAUUUGAUUACAGAAAACAAUACCAAUAAUGAUUUUCAUAAUUUUUUCCAAAUAUUCUUCCCCCAUUUGAUUUCAAAUACCUUUCCCAUUAUUUAUAAUAUACUCUGCUGUUUAAUUUUUUUUUGCUUCUAGCAUAAUGAUUAGGAGAAAUGUGACUAUGUUAUGAAUAGUUGAAUACUACACAACAAUACACUGCUAUUCAGUUCAUUGUUGCGGAAGGGUAGGUAUUAUAUGAUACCCUGGGAUUUGUUUUAUCUUACUACUUUCUCAAAAAGGAGAAUAGCUUUUUCUUUAAUGCUUUUCAAUUCAUAAUUGUUUGAAAGAGAGUAACCUCAAUGAGAAAGAGAAACAUCUUAAUUUUCAGAUUAUACUUCCUUACAGGUAUGUCCAAGGUAAAAUCAUUGAAAAUUUCCAACUUUCCUAGUCGGAAUGUUUUCUGUCUCCUUCUCCUUCAUUAGCUGGCCAUAAAUCAGAUGUCCUUACGAUUCUUAGGAAGUCACCAUAUUUUUUAUUUUCAAAAUUAUGUUAUAAUGAAUUACUGUUUACAAAAUACACAUACUGUGAACAGAUACAAGUCUUUGUCCUUUAUAAGGUUGUUUGUAGAAUGAGUGUUUUUUAAAAGGGGAUGUUUUAUGUUAAAUAUUUUCAAUUUUUUAUAAAUACUAGUAGUUGUUUACUAAUUUUUGUUUCAUCAGGUGUGUGCAAAUAUUGCUGAAAGAUAGGGAGAAACUACAGAUCUAACACUUCCUUUCUCAUUUCUUGAAAUGUUUACCACUGCAGGCUAUUUUUUUAACCUGAAUGAUCAGUUGUAAAUUCUGUUCCUAAAAUCAUGCUUAAUCAUAUAAAGAAACAUUUAAAUCUACUUACACAGGAAGUAAACUAUAGAUGUCAGUAGGUUUUGUGUCUCAGUCUGAUUAACAGAAUUCUGAGUUUUGUAUGGAAUAAAAUAACUCCACACACAGAGAUGACAACUGAGGUAUUUUAUGUCUUUUGAAAAUUGGGAAAUUGUGUUGGUGUUAAAAUGGAAAAUUUGAACAUUUUCUAUCCUGGUAUAAUUUCAGAACUUUUAGUUUCCAAAUCUUUUGGAAAAUGUGGUUAUAGCAAGAAUGUAGAAUAUAAGUAACCUAUUACUAAGACACCUUAAAUGUAAAACUAGUAUGCUUGGCUGUUAACUCUAAAGAUGUUACUAUGUCUGUUUUUAAAACAUGCAUGUAUUUAACAAUUUUACCAUAGUAUUGUCAUGGGAAAAAAUAAAUAUAUUUUCUUACAACUUA